AUGGCUGGGGUGAGCAGACGCAGCCCCUUGGUCCCCGCGGAGGUUUUGGUGCUCGGGGCUCUGCUCUGCGUGGCCGGCGGCGGGAGGCUGCUGGUGGUGCCCAUGGACGGCAGUCACUGGCUCAGCAUGCGGGAGCUGCUGCUGGCCCUGGGCCACAAAGAGCACCAGGUUGUCGUCGUGGCACCAGAAGUGAACUUGAACGUGGAGGCAGCUGGACCUUACACCCUCAAAACGUACCCCGUGCCUCUGACCAGGGCAGAGCUGGGGGCAAGGAUGCGCUCGUUUGCGAGCGACUUUUUCGAGAGAAAACCUUUUCUUCACAGGAUUACUGCGCUGUAUGAGAAAGCUCAAGUCAUCUCCGACCUCUACGUCUCCUCCUGCAGCAGCUUGCUGCUCAAUAAGGAUCUGAUGCGAUAUCUCGAAGGGAAUAAGUUUGAGGCUGUUCUCACGGAUCCCGUUGUGCCAUGCGGACAAAUCCUGGCUCUGCAUCUCUCCCUCCCGUCGGUUUUCUUCCUACGGGGACUCCCCUGCAGCUUUGAUUUGCAGGCUACCCAGUGUCCAGACCCUCCUUCCUACGUCCCAAGAACAUUUACAGACAACUCAGACCGCAUGAGCUUUAUCCAGCGUGUGGAAAACUUGCUCCUCAAGUCAGCAGAAUCCUUCCUUUGCAAUUUCGCCUACUCGCCGUUCGAACUUCUGGCCUCGGAGGUUCUUCACAGAGCAGUAACAAUGGAGGAGCUCUUAAGCCACGGAUCCAUUUGGCUUAAAAGAAUGGAUUUCGUUUUUGAGUAUCCCAUGCCGGUGAUGCCAAACAUGGUUUUUAUCGGAGGUAUAAACUGUGGAAGGAAAAAGCCGUUAUCUCAGCCCCUGCCCCAUCCCUCCAGAAGGGGCCUCUCAGGGACGUGA